UUACCUGACCCGACUGUUUUCACAACAGAAGAGACUUGGCCGUCGGUGGAGACCUAGCUCUUCCCAGCGGAGCGACUUCUGUCCGUCUGUUUGUUGUUUAUACAGCUCUUUAGUUCGUCUUUCCCCCGCUCGAAGUUGCUGUGUCGGCCCGUGUUUCAGGAUGGUGAAGGUGUCGUUUAAUGCGGCUCUGGCCCAGAAGGAUGUGAAGAAAGACGCGGAAACUCUGAUCCCCGCCGACGAAAGGGAUGCCGAAGGGGCUCUGCUGGUGCGUCGCCAGUCUCGAACCUGGUGCUGGUGCAUGUGUCUCGGUCUGGCUCUCAUGCUGUCUGGAGUGGUGGUCGCAGGAGCCUACCUGUACCGCUACUACGUCCUGGAGGUGAGCAGUAGUGAGCUGGAGGAUGACGAGGUGUUUUUCUGUGGGGUGAACUACCGUGAGGAGGACUAUAUGAUUCGGGAGGACGACGAGGCCCCUGAAGGAUUCCACCUGCGGCAGCUGCAGGAGAGGAUCCGGGUGCUGGAGGAGGAUGAGGUGGAGAUGAUCAGCGUGCCUGUUCCUAACUUUGAGGACGGAGACCCAGCUGACAUCGUCCAUGACUUCCAGAGGAGAUUGACUGCUUACCUGGAUCUGAAUCUGGACACAUGCUACGUCAUCCCACUCAACACCUCCAUCGUAAUGCCUCCCAGAGACUUUUUGGAGCUGUUGAUCAACGUCAAGGCCGGCACUUACCUGCCCCAGUCUUACCUGAUCCACGAGGAGAUGGUGGUGACUGAGCGUCUGGAACGUGUCGACCAGCUCGGCUACUUCAUCUACAACCUGUGCCGUGGCAAAGACACCUUCAAGCUGCAGCGCAGAGACAGAAUUCUGGGUAUGCAAAAGCGUGAAGCUAUGAACUGCCGCAAGAUUCGCCACUUCGAGAGCAAGUUUGUGGUGGAAACCCUGAUCUGUGAGCCUUAAGACGCCUCAUCAUUGCACCACAGCUCUUAAAGUCACUGGCGUGCAGUGACAUUUCUUGUGUUUUCAGCUGUCAGUUUUCUGUUCUUUACUUCAGGUCGUUAGAGUGAGUGAGGGGAAUGAAAUGUGAAGCUGUUUGGUUACAAAUUCAUUGAUUGUUUAAAAGAAACAAAAAAAGAGGUAAAGCUUUUAUAUUUCCACUUUCUGCACAGGGGUCAUCUGGGAAAUCUUUCUACAAAUAACUAGCUUAAAGCCAGCUACGUAUCUAGUUAUAAAUUAUUUUAAUCAAAGCAACUCCAGAAUAACAGUAUCUACAUUUAUUUUGAUAGACAUAGGAAAAUUUACUGUUUGCCUUUCAUUCAGUUAACAUAAGACUUCAUGAGAGAGCAACUUUUGUACCACUGAUCCUGGUUUUUGAACCUCGUCAGUCCUGGGAUACUUGUUUUUUGUAUUUUAUCUGCUGUAGCUAUUAAUACACUCCACCAGUUUUUUUUUUUCUUAACUGGAAAAUGAUCUUAAAGUAAGCGUGUGAAGUAAUGCUUCUCUCAGCUUUAGAGAGUGUGAAAUUGGAAAAAGAAAAUGGUAAAUCCACAGAAGUAAGGGCUCACAGGAAACACACUUAUGUUAACAUCUUUUUCACAGGUUCUUCUUUUUUGAAUGUGUAAUUGUUUUGCAAUAACUCUUUGUUUUACCGAUUUGUGUAUAUAAUCUCUUUAAAGAUAUGAACAGACCAACACAAUAAACAAAACAGAAAAACCAA